ACUUUUUUAAUUCUUGUUUAUGUUUGUCGUGAGCAGGUUUUGGGUCAGAUUUGUAAAUUGAGAAUUUUUUAACGUUUUGUCCUGAAAUAACAACUCGAUUAACAGAACAUCCACUGGUAACUUCUGAUAACGGAAGUUUCUGAUGCUGGAUACAUGAUGUUCAUGGAUAAUUUUGAGAACCACAAUGAAGAUCAGGACACCACUAAUGGAGAAGAGGAAUAUCUUGAUACUUCCGAGGAAGAAGAGGAAAAAUUGUUUCGGUUUACCGCACAAAUUUUGACACGAAACUUUAAAGGUCAUAAAAAAGGACCCUAUAUGCAAAAAAUCAAAAUUAACGGCGACUCGGUGGAUGAAGUUCUGGAGCUGGUGUGGAACUCCUGCGAGAGGUUUAUAAAAAAAGAAGUUGUCUUUGACGCAAAAGUAGGAGGAGGAGCGGAUCAGUUUACCACACGAUGGGCCGAGAAAACAGUCCCAGUCAUCGAGGAUAUAGACAAGUACGUUACAUUCCAGGAUAAACUUUCAAGAAGAAUUUAUAAACCGUCACAGUUCAAAGAAAAACCAGAUAAGAUGCAUAAGUUUAUGGACAAGGAGAUAAACUUGUUUGUUUAUGUUUAUUCUGAAUCGGUAACUUCGGCAAGCAUGUACGACACCAUGCGAAUCCAACUUUUGAAUCCAGAGGAAAGGGACAGGGCUGGCGCGGCUUCGAACCAGGCAGUGUCUUCACUGGUUGCAGAGCUGAAAAACCUGUACAAGGGCUCAUAUGCUUCUCAAGAUGUAAACUGGGCCGUAUGGGCUUCGUAUUUGUUCACCAAGAGUGCAUUGGAACGGGAUGAAUUGAAGCAUCAAGGCCCUCCUCAUCAUUUAAUCCAUCUUUUUAAAACCAUUCCUUCUACAGGCCAGAGAGUUCUGACGAGUACACGAAACGAUAUUAGGAUCGCUCAAAAUGUGAAUGCUGGAUUCAAAGAGGAAUUGGAUGCGUUGGCUUCGGAAUUGAAUCAAAUUUCUGUUCUUAUAAAUGCAAUGAAUAUUCGCCUAACUGCACUACUUACAAUGCAAGCCACAAACGAUUCCGUUCUGUUCGACGUGUCUGGAACCAUGGAAGCAAGUGAGGAUGAAUUUGGAGUGGCGCUGGCCAACCAAGUAACCGAUUGUCCGGACCUGGACCAUGUUUAG